GGGGUCCUUCAGGUAGGAGGUACUGGGUGACUUUGGACGUCCGCUCAGCCUGUUUGUGGAAGGUGCUCAGUGCGCUGUCCUAGGUUCGUUCCGGUGAGUCUUUGACGAAGGCCCCUGCAGCAAACAUGAUCCGCCAGAUCUUCGGUCAGGCCAAGAAGCAUCCAAGCUUGAUUCCCCUCUUCGUGUUUAUUGGAGCAGGAGGUACUGGAGCAGCUCUCUAUGUGCUCCGUCUGGCAAUGUUCAAUCCAGAUGUCAGUUGGGACAGGAAGAAUAACCCAGAGCCUUGGAAUAAACUGGGUCCCAAUGAGCAGUAUAAGUUCUACUCAGUGAAUGUGGACUACAGCAAACUGAAGAAAGAAGGUCCUGACUUCUAAGUCACGUAUUUCAUCAUAAAGCUGCUUAUAAUGAAGGUCUUUCAGAAGCCAUCCGCACAAUUUUCCACUUAACCAGGAAAUAUUCUCCUCUUAAAUGCAUGACUCAUGUUGAUUACUUGGAGUUUAUUACACUCAUCAAUAAAUCUCUGAAACUUGA